UCAUUUCAAAAUUCACCCACAAAAAUCUCUUUCUUUACACAAUUAGUCCUUUUCGCAUUUUCCUCCAUUGUUUCUUCAGCUCAAAAAUAUUUCUAGGGUUUAAUCUUAGUUUCUCCGGUGAUUCUCAGGAGAGAUCUCCAAUCAGAUUUUGUAGGAGAUGUCUCGAGUGGAAGAUUUGUGGGAACGGUUGGUGCGAGCAGCACUACGUGGACAUAAGGCUGCCGCUGGGCGACCGGCAGGAGGGAUUGCUGCGAAUGUCCCAUCUUCGCUUGCGAAUAACAGGGAUAUAGAUGACAUUCUAAGAGCUGCGGACGAGAUUCAAGAUGAGGACCCUAAUGUGUCCAGAGUAUUAUGUGAGCAUGCCUAUUCCUUGGCUCAAAAUUUGGAUCCUAACAGUGAGGGGAGGGGUGUUUUGCAGUUCAAGACUGGUUUGAUGUCUGUAAUCAAGCAAAAGCUAGCGAAGCGGGAGGGUGGCACGAUUGAUAGAAGCCAGGAUAUUACUCUCUUACAAGAAUUCUACAAACAAUUCAGAGAAAAGCAUAACGUGGAUAAAUUACGAGAGGAGGAACUGAAAUUGAGGGAAUCUGGUGUCUUCAGUGGUAAUCUGGGAGAAUUGGAGCGUAAGACUGUCCAAAGGAAAAAGGUUUUAGCGACUCUUAAGGUUUUGGGAAAUGUCCUCGAACAGUUGACUAAGGAGGUUUCCCCAGAAGAGGCGGAUCGCUUAAUACCUGAGGAGCUAAAACGAAUGAUGGAAUCAGAUGCUGCUAUGACUGAGGACAUUGCUUACAAUAUUAUUCCCCUUGAUACCACUUCAACUACAAACGCUAUUGUGUAUUUCAAUGAGGUACGUGCAGCAGUGUCAGCUCUGAAGUACUUCAGAGGCCUACCAAAAUUGCCUGGAGAUUUUUCUUUGCCAUCAACAAGGAGCAUCGAUUUGUUUGAUUUUCUGCAUUACUCUUUUGGAUUUCAGCAAGGCAAUGUUUCCAAUCAACGAGAACAUAUUGUCCACCUCCUCGCAAAUGAGCAGACCCGGCUUCGUAUUCCUGAAGAACCUGAACCGAUAUUGGAUGAGGCUGCUGUACAGAAGGUCUUCUUGAAGUCCCUUGAUAACUAUAUCAAGUGGUGCAACUAUUUGGGCAUCCCACCUGUGUGGAGCAAUUUGGAAGUAGUUAGCAAGGAGAAGAAGUUGUUAUUCAUUUCUUUGUAUUUCUUAAUAUGGGGUGAAGCUGCUAACAUCCGAUUUAUUCCAGAAUGCUUGUGCUACAUAUUUCAUCAUAUGGGAAGGGAGCUGGAGGAGUUACUACGACAACAGGUUGCACAGCCGGCUAAGAGCUGCAUGUCUGAUAAUGGCGUGUCAUUUCUUGAUCAAGUUAUAUGUCCUGUUUAUAAUGCCAUUGCAGCGGAGGCUGGGAACAAUGAGAACGGCCGAGCACCUCAUUCUGCUUGGAGAAACUAUGAUGAUUUUAAUGAGUAUUUCUGGUCCCGUCAUUGCUUCAAGCUUGGCUGGCCAUGGAGGACAAAUUCUUCUUUCUUUCUGAAACCAGCACCGAGAUCAAAGAACAUUCUUAAAUCUGGAGGCGGCAAGCGCAGGGGAAAAACUUCCUUUGUCGAGCACCGGACUUUUCUCCAUCUUUAUCACAGUUUUCAUCGCCUUUGGAUGUUUCUUUUCAUGUUUUUUCAGGGAUUGACCAUCCUUGCUUUCAAUAAUGGGCGAUUUGACUCUAAAACACUGAGGGAAGUUUUAAGUCUUGGACCUACGUAUGUUGUGAUGAAGUUUCUUGAGAGUGUUCUGGAUGUUAUCAUGAUGUAUGGUGCAUACUCUACAUCAAAACAUGUAGCUGUCAGUCGGAUUUUCCUUCGUUUUGUUUGGUUCAGCAUAGCUUCUGUGUUCAUUUGCUUCCUUUAUGUGAAGGCGCUUGAAGACAAUAGCAAUCAAAAUUCCAACUCUACUGUCUUUAGAAUUUAUGUUGUUGUUCUUGCAAUCUAUGCUGGAGUGCAAUUUUUUGUCAGCUUUCUGCUGCGGAUUCCAGCUUGUCAUAGUUUGACAAAUCGAUGUGACAAUUGGUCUGUGGUCCGUUUCAUCAAGUGGAUGCACCAGGAACACUAUUACGUUGGUCGGGGCAUGUAUGAGAAAACUACUGACUUCAUCAAGUAUAUGGUUUUUUGGCUUGUUGUCUUGGGAGCAAAGUUUGCUUUUGCCUAUUUUCUACUGAUUAGGCCGUUGGUGAAGCCGACAAGACAGAUAGUGGCAAUGGAUAUUCAGCAGUACUCUUGGCACGAUUUUGUUUCUAAAAAUAACCAUAAUGCAUUGACGGUUGCGACCUUAUGGGCACCAGUUUUUAUUAUAUACCUGUUCGAUACUCAUCUAUUUUAUACUGUUAUAUCGGCUGUAUGGGGCUUUCUUCUGGGAGCACGAGAUCACCUUGGGGAGAUAAGAUCAUUGGAUGCUAUGCAUAAACUUUUUGAGAGAUUUCCGGAGGCUUUUAUGAACAGUCUUCAUGUGCCUCUUCGAACCAGGGCGACACUCCUGUCUUCUGGUCUGAUUUUGGAGAGAAACAAAGCUGAUGCUGCUCGAUUUGCACCUUUCUGGAAUGAAAUCGUCAAGAAUUUGAGGGAAGAAGAUUACAUUACUAAUUUGGAGAUGGAACAGCUUUUGAUGCCUAAGAAUUCUGGGAGUCUGCCCUUAGUUCAGUGGCCUCUUUUCCUAUUAGCUAGCAAGAUAUUUCUUGCAAAAGAUAUAGCUGUGGAGAGUAAAGACUCACAAGAUGAGUUAUGGGAUAGGAUUUCAAGGGAUGAUUACAUGAAAUACGCGGUUGAAGAGUGCUAUUACGCCAUCAAGUUUGUUCUUACAUCCAUUUUAGAUGAUGAAGGAAAUGAUGAAGGAAAAAAGUGGGUUGAACGAAUAUAUGAGGAUAUUCGUGGGAGCAUAACUAAAAGGAGUAUUAAUGUGGACGUUGAUAUGAAUAAGCUGCCACUGGUGAUUCAGAAAUUAACUGCACUAAUGGGGAUACUGAAAAAGGAGCAUACACCAGAGCUUGAAACUGGGGCUGUUAAAGCUAUUCAAGAUCUGUAUGAUGUUCUGCGACUUGAUGUCCUUCACUUCAACAUGAGAGAACACCUUGACACAUGGAACAUUUUGUCAAAAGCAAGGAAUGAAGGCCGGUUGUUCUCAAAGUUAAAGUGGCCGAGAGAUGCUGAGUUGAAGGAACUGAUUAAAAGACUUUAUUCUCUCCUAACUAUUAAAGAAUCUGCUGCCAACAUACCCAAUAACCUUGAAGCUAGGCGUCGGUUAGAGUUUUUCGCCAAUUCACUUUUCAUGGAGAUGCCUGUAGCGAGACCUGUCCGUGAGAUGCUAUCCUUCAGUGUGUUCACCCCAUAUUAUUCAGAAACUGUUCUUUACAGCAUGUCAGAACUCCUUAAGAAAAAUGAAGACGGAAUUUCUAUUCUGUUUUACCUCCAGAAAAUAUAUCCAGAUGAAUGGAAAAACUUUCUUGCACGAAUAGGUCGUGACGAGAACAUCUCAGAGAAAGAACUUAAUGAUAAUCCAAAUGACAUUCUUGAACUUAGGUUCUGGGCUUCAUACCGCGGGCAAACAUUGGCCAGAACUGUUCGUGGAAUGAUGUACUAUAGGAAAGCACUAAUGCUUCAAUCAUAUUUGGAACAGAUGAUUACUGGAGAUGCUGAAACAGGAAUUACAUCAAAUGAAACUACGGAUACUCAAGGAUUUGACUUGUCUCCGGAAUCAAGAGCACAGGCAGAUCUGAAAUUUACGUAUGUUGUCACAUGCCAGAUAUAUGGGAAACAGAAAGAAGAGCAAAAACCUGAGGCUGCAGAUAUUGCAUUACUAAUGCAAAGAAAUGAGGCUCUUCGAGUUGCUUUCAUUGAUGAGGUUGAAACUCUUAAAGACGGGAAGGUGAAUAAAGAAUAUAUCUCAAAGCUUGUAAAGGCUGACAUCAACGGCAAAGAUAAGGAAAUCUACUCCAUUAAAUUGCCUGGAAAUCCUAAACUUGGUGAAGGAAAACCUGAAAAUCAAAAUCAUGCCAUUAUCUUUACACGUGGAAAUGCAGUGCAAACAAUUGACAUGAACCAGGAUAAUUAUUUUGAAGAGGCUCUGAAGGUGAGAAAUCUUCUUGAGGAGUUCUUCCUAGAUUAUGGCAUUCAUCCUCCUACAAUUCUCGGUGUUAGGGAGCAUGUGUUCACUGGCAGUGUUUCUUCGUUGGCGUCCUUCAUGUCUAACCAAGAAGCUAGCUUUGUGACAAUGGGCCAGCGUGUUCUGGCAAAUCCUUUGAAAGUUCGUAUGCACUAUGGACAUCCAGACGUGUUUGACAGACUUUUCCAUAUUACUCGAGGUGGUAUCAGCAAAGCAUCACGUGUGAUUAAUAUCAGUGAAGACAUCUUUGCAGGGUUUAAUUCAACUCUACGGCAGGGAAAUAUUACUCACCAUGAGUACAUCCAGAUCGGCAAGGGACGAGAUGUCGGACUCAAUCAGAUUGCAUUGUUUGAAGGCAAAGUUGCUGGUGGUAAUGGUGAACAAGUUCUAAGUAGAGAUGUUUACAGGCUUGGCCAGCUCUUUGACUUCUUUAGAAUGUUAUCAUUCUACUUUUCAACUGUCGGAUACUACUUCUGCACAAUGUUGACAGUUCUUAGUCUUUAUGCUUUUCUCUAUGGCAAGGCAUAUCUGGCAUUAUCUGGUGUUGGUGCAACUAUUCAGGAUAGAGCUAAUAUAUUACAAAAUACUGCUCUUAGUGCUGCUCUCAAUGCGCAAUUCCUCUUUCAGAUUGGUGUGUUCACAGCAGUUCCUAUGAUUCUGGGUUUCAUUCUGGAACAAGGUUUCCUAAGGGCUGUUGUUGGUUUUGUCACUAUGCAGUUUCAGCUCUGCACUGUCUUCUUCACGUUCUCCCUUGGCACUAGGACACAUUACUUUGGUCGAACUAUCCUCCAUGGUGGUGCAAAAUAUCAUGCAACCGGUAGGGGAUUUGUCGUUAAGCACAUCAAGUUUACAGAGAAUUAUAGGCUCUACUCCCGCAGUCAUUUUGUCAAGGGCAUGGAAAUUGUGCUUUUGUUGGUGGUAUACGCGGCUUACGGCUACAACGAGGGUGGUGCUUUAUCCUACAUACUUCUCACUGUUAGCAGUUGGUUCUUGGCUAUUUCUUGGCUUUUUGCUCCAUAUUUGUUUAACCCAGCAGGAUUUGAAUGGCAGAAGACGGUAGAAGACUUCCGUGACUGGACCAACUGGCUCCUUUAUAGAGGUGGAAUUGGUGUUAAAGGGGAAGAAAGUUGGGAGGCUUGGUGGGAUGAAGAACUGGCUCAUAUUCGAACCUUUGGAGGAAGGGUGAUGGAGACCAUUCUUAGUUUACGAUUUUUUAUAUUCCAAUACGGCAUUGUCUAUAAGUUAGAUGUUCAGGGAACAAAUACAUCUUUAACGGUGUAUGGUUUUUCAUGGGUUGCAUUUGCUGUCAUCUUACUCCUCUUCAAGGUGUUCACUUUCAGCCAGAAAAUAUCAGUUAAUUUCCAGUUGCUGCUGCGUUUUGUCCAAGGCCUAUCGUUUUUGCUUGCCGUUGCUGGUUUAGCUGCUGCUGUUGUAUUGACAGACCUUACUGUAACAGAUGUCUUCGCGUGCAUCUUAGCAUUCAUACCCACUGGCUGGGGAAUUCUCUCAAUUGCUGCAGCAUGGAAGCCUCUGGUCAAGAAAAUGGGGAUGUGGAAGUCUUUCCGUUCAGUUGCCCGUCUGUUUGAUGCUGGUAUGGGUGUGCUCAUUUUCAUCCCAAUCGCACUCUUUUCUUGGUUCCCCUUCAUUUCAACAUUUCAAACCCGGCUUAUGUUCAACCAAGCGUUCAGUCGAGGGCUGGAGAUCUCUCUUAUCCUUGCUGGUAACAAUCCAAACACUGGUUUAUAAUUUCUUCAUCUUCCUCUGAUCUUGUACAGAGAAAGAGUAGUUCAUAUUGUUCCAUCACUUUUAGGAGCCUUUGGUAGAGUACUUUCUGUCAUUAGUAAUUAUUGUAAAAUCUGUCAAUGUAUAGUUUCAGAUAUGUAAAAUCAUAAUUUUGACUAGGCGGACUCUACGUUAUUUAUCUUCUUCUGUUUUACGUCUCAUGAAAGAUGUAAUGGAAUUUAUCGUAUGUGUUCUGCCUAGCAUACUUACUCCUCCAUGGGUGUUGGUACACAGUUUUGUUGGAGUUCAAUCAACGGACUUCGAUUUGCCUGA